CUGAGAGCAGCUAUCAAAAAAAAAACGUGCGCACGUUUCGUUUUCGGAUUUUUUGCUCUUCGGUUUUGUUUUUAUUGAAAAACUAAGUGAAAACAUGGCCAGCAAAGCUAAGAAGGAGGUGCUGUGCGACCAUUGCCACGAAGGCUAUGAGGCAAAGAUGGUUUAUACCGCGCAAAAGACGUUCGUGGGGACGAAAGUCGUGGACUUGCUGGAGGCCAUCACCCACAAGAGCAUCCCACCCAACGCAAACGUCAAGAUAUGCUUCAUCUGUGCUUCGGGCUUCAUGUCCACCCGCGCCCUGAUCGACAAGGUCCGUGAGACGGUGGACAGGAUCCUGGCCGCGCCCGCCAAGAAGGGCAGGGUCAGCAAGGCGGCGGCACAGGAUGCACAGGAUCAAGGGUCCGCUGAUGAACCGGCCCCUGAUAUUGUGGACCUCACUGCAGAGACGGAGAAGACGCCGGCCAAGCCGCAACCAAAGAAGAACACCACCAUUCGUCAGCGCAGCAAAUCGGUUGCCUUCCCCGCCAGCCACAUGGUUCCAGAUCUUGCUGGGGUAGCAAACAUCAAGGCUUCGCCUGCCAAAAGGCAGCUGUCCCGCUUGCUCGGGGACAGUCUCGACGAUUCCGUGAAACUGACGCCUGCCAAAGAUGUGUCGUCCUCCAAAAAGGCUUUCCUAAAUCUCUUUGGCAACGGCGAUGAUGCCAUGGAAAAGGAAUUUGAGACCGAAAGCGAGGAAGGGGAGGAAGCCGAAGCUGGCUACCUCACGAUCAAUACCAACAACUUCCAGUGCGCUGAGUGCGAGUUCCAUACAAGGUUCCCCAAUUACAUAAAGGAACACAUGCUAAAGGAACACGGCCAACAGCGUGCCCGCAUAUACAGCUGCCCCAUGUGUACCAAGAACUUCGGAGUGCUAAAGACCAUAAAGGACCAUGUACGGGACGUCCAUUCGCGCGUUUUAAUAAGCGAGGCCGAGGCCAAGACCAAGGCAAAUAACAAGGGAAAGCCGAAUGAGUCGGAAGCCGAUCCAAAGCCAAAGUCGCAGACUAAGAAGCCAAAGGUGCCGGAGACUCAGAAGCAGAAAAAAAAGCCAAAGGAAGCAAAGUCGAAGGCCAAAAAGGCAGAAGCGGCAGCAGAAAGCAAGUCUAAGAAGAAGCCAACAGAGGUGGAGGCAGAAAAGGAUAUAGUAGUGAGCCAGGAGAAGCCGGAUGACACCCAGGAUCCUAAAGUCGCCCUCCUUAAGUCAGAAGAGAAAACAGUGCUCAGCCAAGAGAAAGCAGUUGAGACUCCGGAGCCCAAAGUCGCCUCCUUUAAAGCCCUAAACGAAUCCCUAAUGAGGAAAAGGAUGCUGGAGAACGUGCUCGACUCCGAGUACACAUUUGCCAUCAACGGAUCCAGUGCCUCCACUCCCAGGGCCGAGUCCACCAAUUUUCAGUGCGACAUAUGCGACUGCGAGCUGGCAACCGCCAAGCAGAUGCAGGACCACAUGAAGACUGCUCACGCCAUUGACAAGCCGAAGGUGUUCAAGUGUCACGUCUGCGAGAAGAGUCUGACCACCAAACAGUCGCUAAAAACGCACCAGGCUCUUCAUAGCGAUGGUGCUGAGGUGGGCAAGUCCACCAAGCGAAAGAUACUCCAAGAAGAGGAUGAGGACGUUGAUAUUGAGGGCAGUUUUGAGAAGAACAAAACUAUCGAGGAUGAUGAGGGGCCUAGGGAGGAGAAGAUUGUAAGAGAGAAGCCUAGUAAGGAUACCUCCUUAAAACUCGGUCAGUCUAAGGUUGGUGGGCUCAUGUCCGCUCCGCUCUCGCCCGUUAAGAAGGCAAAGAAAGGUAAAGCAAGCCUCCUAGACGUUUCUGGGGUCACCACAAAUGGAGAAUCUCCCUCCAAGCGCAAAAAACAAGUCAAGUCCGAGGAGACAUCCUCCAUUUCCAUUUCCGAUGUGUCUCAGCUGGAAGAAAUAAACCACAAUGUGAAGCCACACAAAAAGGCCCGGCUGGAGUCCGUUGGCGACUCCACUACCGACGAGUCUGUACUUAGCUGCGACCAGUGCGGCAAGUCUGUCGGCUCGCGCCAACGUCUGGACUCGCACAUUCAGAAGAAGCACAUCUCCCAGUUGAAGUGUCCAAAGUGCAAGGAUGUCUUCACCCAACAGCUAAACUAUGUGAGCCACUUUUCGGAUUGUUUGACCGACAACGGAUUGCCCUGCGGCGUGGACAAGUGCACGAAGGUCUUCACGGAGGCCAACUACCUGAGCUCUCACCUCCGCAAGCGCCACCACUGCUCCUAGGCGUUUUAGUUUUCAUUUCCUUGACCAUUUUAGUCUUACGUUAGGUUAUUGAUUAGCUAAUGUAUCAUGAAGUACAUUUGUUUGUUUUUGUUUUUGUAAGGUUUUAUACUUAACUUUUGGGUGUUCCUAUUGAAGUCAACAAAAACUGAUAUGCAAUGUAUAACUUGGUUACAUCUCUUUAAAUUUUUGACUAUUGAAUAACUUUGAGACUCCUAUUUGUAAAAUGCUUAAGACAUGCGACACGAGCUCAAGCUAAAAUUUAUCCAUAAAAAGCCAGAGACGGAAAAUAUACAUUUUUACGUACUUAACAAGAGUAUGUAUAAAUUAAAUACAUUUUAAAAAAUUAUUUUGUACUGAACAAUAAGCUGUUAAUAAAAAUGUCCAAUGACUA